AAAGCGUUCAAGCGAAGCACUGCAUAAGUAUAUAAAACUUUGAAACGGUUGUUUUCAUCAGGUUCGUUUGCAAGGAAGGCUUCAAAGAUAGAAAAAAGAUGAGAUCUAUCGCAGCUUUCCUCCUUUUUUUUGCUGUUGCAAAUGCAAAGACUGUACACCAAUCUCUAAGCAAGAGAAGUCCACAGGCUUGUUCUGCUGACUGCCCAGCUGUGUGCGCACCAGCUUGUUUACAAGUUUGUUGUAUGGCUCCACCUCCACCACCACCUCCACCCCCACCACCACCACCACCACCUCCACCACCACCACCACCACCACCACCAGCUCCAUUACCAGGAAAUCCAGGACCCCCAGGACGCCCAGGACCUCCAGGAGGUCCAGGACCAAUGGGACCACCAGGACCACCAGGACCACCUGGACCACCAGGAAAUCCAGGACAAGGAGGUUUGCCCGGUCAACCUGCACCACCACCACCACCAUGUCCUCCAAUUUGCCCUGUUCAAUGCAUUCCAACUUGCCCACAAUAUUGCUGUCCAGCCAAGAAAAAGUAAAGAAACCUAUGGAACUUGUUUUUUAAGUGACCAAGAUAUUUUAUCUGCAACAUCAAUUUUUUAAAUACAAUUAUAAAAAUGAAAAUAGAUGUAAAUAAACCAGAAAAAAUAAUAAACUUUA